GGAGGGCGGGCCCGGCCAGAGCCCGGAGCUGCACCAGCCGGGGCGGAGGCGCCAGGAGCAGUCGGAGGAGCCGCGCGCACGCACCCGCACCAAGUCUAUGGGCACCCGGAGCCGCUGAGCGCCCUCAGCCCUCCGCCGCCCCGCGCGCCUCCCGCCGCCCGCACCUCGCGCCUCCCGCCGCCCGCACGCCCGGCCCGGCCCGCGCCCCCGCCGCCGCCACCAUGAACCACUCGCCGCUCAAGACCGCGCUGGCCUACGAGUGCUUCCCCAACCAGGACCACUCGACGCUGGCGCUGCCCUCGGACCAGAAGAUGAAGACGGGCACGUCGGGCAAGCAGCGCGUGCAGGAGCAGGUGAUGAUGACGGUCCGGCGGCAGAAGUCCAAGUCCUCGCAGUCGUCCACGCUGACCCACUCCAACCGAGGUUCCAUGUAUGAUGGCCUGGCUGACAAUUACAACUACGGCACCGCCAACCGGAGCUACUACUCCAAGCUGCAGGCGGGCAGCGGCUCGUGGGGCUACCCGCUCUACAAUGGGACCCUCAAGCGGGAAGCCGACACCCGGCGCUUCAGCUCCUACAGCCAGAUGGAGAACUGGGGCCGCCACUACCCGCGGGGCGCCUGCCACACGGGCGCGGGCAGUGACAUCUGCUUCCUGCAGAAGAUCAAGGCCAGCCGCAGCGAGCCCGACCUCUACUGCGACCCGCGGGGCACCCUGCGCAAGGGCACGCUGGGCGCCAAGGGCCACAAGACGGCCCAGAGCCGCUACAGCUUCUACAGCACCUGCAGCGGCCAGAAGCCCGCCAAGAAGUGCCCGGUGCGCCCGCCCUCCUGCGCCUCCAAGCAGGACCCGGUGUGCGUCCCGCCCAUCUCCUGCAACAAGGACAUGUCCUUCGGCCACUCGCGGGCCAGCUCCAAGAUCUGCAGUGAGGACAUCGAGUGCAGCGGGCUGACCAUCCCCAAGGCCGUGCAGUACCUGUGCUCCCAGGAUGAGAAGUACCAGGCCAUCGGGGCCUACUACAUCCAGCACACCUGCUUCCAGGAUGAGUCGGCCAAGCAGCAGGUCUAUCAGCUGAGCGGCAUCAGCAAGCUGGUGGACCUCCUCCGCAGCCCCAACCAGAACGUGCAGCAGGCCGCGGCCGGGGCCCUGCGCAACCUGGUGUUCCGGAGCGCCACCAACAAGCUGGAGACCCGCCGGCAGGGCGGGAUCCGGGAGGCCGUCAGCCUCCUGAGGACCACCCGGAGCACGGAGAUCCAGAAACAGCUGACGGGGCUGCUCUGGAACCUGUCCUCCACGGACGAGCUGAAGGAGGAGCUGAUCUCGGACGCCCUGCCCGUGCUGGCCGACCGCGUCAUCAUCCCCUUCUCCGGCUGGGGCGACGGCAACAGCAACCUGUCCCGGGAGCUGGUGGACCCCGAGGUCUUCUUCAACGCCACCGGCUGCCUGAGGAACCUCAGCUCGGCCGACGCCGGCCGGCAGACCAUGCGCAACUACGCGGGGCUCAUCGACGCCCUCAUGGCCUACGUCCAGAACUGCGUGGCCGCCAGCCGCUGCGACGACAAGUCCGUGGAGAACUGCAUGUGUGUCCUCCACAACCUCUCGUACCGCCUGGACGCCGAGGUGCCCACCCGCUACCGCCAGCUGGAGUACAACGCCCGCAACGCCUACACCGAGAAGUCCUCCACCGGCUGCUUCAGCAACAAGAGCGACAAGAUGAUGAACAACAACUACGACUGCCCCCUCCCUGAGGAGGAGACCAACCCCAAGGGCAGCAGCUGGCUGUACCACUCGGACGCCAUCCGCACCUACCUGAACCUCAUGGGCAAGAGCAAGAAGGACGCCACCCUGGAGGCCUGUGCGGGGGCCCUGCAGAACCUGACGGCCAGCAAGGGGCUGAUGUCCAGCGGCAUGAGCCAGCUGAUCGGCCUCAAGGAGAAAGGGCUGCCGCAGAUCGCGCGCCUGCUGCAGUCGGGCAACUCGGACGUGGUGCGCUCCGGCGCCUCCCUGCUGAGCAACAUGUCGCGCCACCCGGCGCUGCACCGAGCCAUGGGGAACCAAGUGUUCCCCGAGGUGACCCGGCUGCUCACCAGCCACACGGGCAACACCAGCAACUCGGAGGACAUCCUGUCCUCGGCCUGCUACACCGUGCGCAACCUGAUGGCCUCGCAGCCGCACGUGGCCAAGCAGUUCUUCUCCAGCAGCAUGAUCAACAACGUCAUCAACCUGUGUCGCAGCAGCGCCUCCCCCAAGGCCGCCGAGGCCGCCCGGCUGCUCCUGUCUGACAUGUGGUCCAGCAAGGACCUGCAGACCGUCCUCCGACAGCAAGGCUUCGACAGGAACAUGCUGGGAGCCUUAGGGGGGGCCAACAGCCUCCGGAACUUCACCUCCCGGUUCUGAGAGGGGCUGCCCGAGCAGGCUCGGCUCGCAGAAACGACACGACCCCCCGGAGGAGACCUCGGCCUGGCCGGAGGGUUGUUCUGCCACCUGUGCAGUAUUUGGAAAAGUUCAAGCAACCGAGAGCAAAACCUGAAAACUGUGGAAGACGGAGAGAUUUUUAGAUUCUUUUUUUCCCCUUGGCAAUGGGGGCUGGGGAGGGGGGGGGGGCCUUUCUUGAGUUAAGAGCUUUUUCCCAUGUCCAUACUUCCUUUGCUGAGAAAUGGUAUAUAUAUAUAUGUAUAACGUAAGUGUGUGUGCACACGUGUGUGUGCAUGGGUGCGUGUGUGCACGUGUGUGUGGGUGCGUGCACGUGUGUGUGUGUGUGUGUGUGUGUGUGUGUGUGUGUGUGUGAGCCUAUGGGCUUGGCCGUGAACCACAGGUGCUAGGCAGCUGUUGAUGCAGCUCAAAGGCGGAGGAGGCUCUCCUGUGUCUUACCCUGUGCUUUGUGGGUGCCCCCGGGCUCCCCCCCAGGGUCCUGCAGGGGGACCGUCCCCCAGGGGCAGCCCUCCCCCCUCUGGAGGCAGCUUGGCAGGAAGGAGGGGGGCUGGGUGUUGAGGCCUGUGGGUCUCAUGGGUCAGUCUGGGUGCCUGACAAGGCCACCGGCCCGCAGAGCCACGGGGCUGGGCUGGGCGGGGGCGAGGCCUGGGCCGCGGAGAGGGCAGCCACACCUGGUUCGCCGUGUGGGGUCCCUCCUAGGGGAGUGGGGUGGGGCCCCGGGGAGGGGGGGUCCCGUGUCUGUGGGCUCCCCCUGUGAGUGUCAUCCUAGUCUCCAGGGGCAGGCAAGGCACCUGCUGCCGGAGGAAGAUGGGAACGCGGGGCUGGGAGCCACGGGCUGGCCAGGGAGUGACCGGCUGUUUGCCCUUCAUCUGCCCUGUGGGGAGGGGCCAGACAGGGGCCAUUUCAAACUCCCAGGAGGUGCCUGGGAGACUCAAAUGAGGGCGGGUGUGGGGUUUGGGACACACGGAGGAACGGCGAAAUAGACCAGCAACGGGAUUGUCCCAUCAGGCCGCCGGCAAGCCCACGCCUUGGCCAGAGCCGCCGCCCCCCGUCUCCUGGGCCCCAGCCGGCCUGACUCCACCCGAAUGAGACAGAAGAGACCCGUCUGGGGCUCCGGCACCCCCAAGACCCCACCUCAGGUGCAUUUCAGAUGGGAAACCGCAGGGCCUCCUGGGAAGAGCUGGCUGGACACAGGCCUCCGUGUGCUGUGGCCGGAGCGGACCUCAGGGGCCAGGGGGCCAGGGGCCCCGGUGUUCCUGCCCCAGCCCCCGCCUUGCUGGCCCCCCGUGGGGCCUCAGGCAGGAAGUCCCUGUGGCCCAUGUCCUUCUGGGCCCUAGCCCGCGGAGCCUGGCGCGGAGGUGGGACGGCUGGGGUGGCAGCAGCCAGGCUGUGGGAGGGGCCGGAGGUGCUGGGAGCUGUCUGGAGCCCCGUCCCCUGCUCCGUGUUGGUGUGAGAGCUCCGCGCUGGCCUGGCCGGGCCCCGUUCGCCUGUGUGAUACGCUAUGUAUUUGCUUUUUUGAAAUCAAUAAAUCGCUGGCAUUUCUGUGA